UGGCCGCUUUCCACAACAAAAUUUCGAAGGGUAUAACCUGCCAAACCUCUGGUUAUACACCUAGGCCAAAGAUCAAAGACCGAGGGGUCAUUAUUCAUCGGGGCCGUACAUUGCGCCGCACAGUACAGAGCGGGAAGACAGAAAACCUCCCGAGGGCGCCGCAUCGAGACAAUGGCUUCCGAGGCUAGCGGGGCUCCCGUAGGAGCUCCUGCCUCAGCUCCCGCCCCGGCUGCGACACCAGCCCCGGCAGGGGGGAACCGGCAACCAACGACCGCGGCCGCGGCCGCCUCUCCAACUGCAACUGCAACUGCACCCGCACCGGCGUCUAGCGGCUCGCAGCUCACACCGGUUCAGCUGAAAGCCAAGGCCAAGGCAGAAAAGGCGGCAAGGCGGGCGCAAGUCAAAGAAACAAGGGAUGUAGCUGCGCUGGCGGCGCCAGUGCCUCCGGCGGGCGGUGCCGCGUCCGACGCGAAGGGCGGGGCCAAAGGAAAGGGAAAGCAGCAAGAUGGCACGCAAGGCACUGGGGCACAAGCUCAGGGGAGACCAGCACAUCCGCACCGGCCCUCGAUGAGCGGGCGGCGGCCGUCGAUCUUGGUGGUCGAGAAAGACGUCCGGAGCGGGAUCCCCGAGUGCUUCAGCCAUGUGCCCAUGGCCAAGAGGAUGCCGGCAUCGCAGGCCCACAAGGAUGUGCACCCGGCGGUGCUGGCUGUCGGCCAGGAGAUGGCGACGUUCGCCAUCAGAGACAGCAUCGCCCGGCUCGAGGCGACACUGCUGGCGUUUAAAAAAGUCAUUGAGUCAUACGAGACGCCCAAGGGCAACUCGCUGUCGCGGCACUUCGUUCCUCACGCCUUGAACCCCCAGAUUGAGUACCUCACCGAGUGCAGGCCCAUGUGCUUUUCCAUGGGCAAUGCCAUCAGGCUGCUCAAGGCAAAGGUCAACAAGUUCGACAUCGACACCCCCGAGGACGAAGCCAAAGAGGGCCUCCUGGGCGCGAUCGACGUCUUCAUCAAGGAGCGAGUCAUGCUGGCCGAGUUCGUCAUCGCCAGAAACGCGGCGGCCAUCAUUAAGGACGGUGAGCAUGUCCUGACGUACGGCCGGCAUCGGCUGGUAGAGAAGACGCUCCUGCAGGCAAGCGAGGACGGGAAGACGUUUGAGGUGUCCAUUGUCGACGACCCCUACGACGGCGGCGGCAGAGAGCUCGCCAAGGCGCUGCGGCACGCCGGCAUCCGCGUCUUCUACUCGCCGAAUCUCGGCGGUCUCAAUGCAAUCGCGCACCGGGCCACGAAUGCGCUCCUUGGGGCAGAGGCCAUCUUCGCCAACGGCUCGCUCCAGGCGCCGGCCGGCACUGCCGACGUCGCCAUGGCCGUCUCGGCUCAGCUGAAGAAAGUAAUCGCCCUGUGCGAGACGAUCAACUUUGACCGCGAGCGCAUCUCGGUCGACGCGCUCACGUACAACGAGGUUGACCCGGAGCGGAACACGGCUGAGUCGUUCCGCCUGCUGUUCGACAACACGCGGGACAAGUACAUUUCGGGCGUUGUCACGGAAUUCGAGACGGGUUCGGGCCUGUCUCCGGCCCAGUCCAUCCUCGCGCUUCUGAGGAAGCAGGAGGACCCCACCAUUGCUUGAAAUGGGGUUAGUUAGGGAAGAGACGGGGUGCCCGACCACCUAGCCUAGAGACAUUGAAACUGGCACAGUGUAUUUUUCUUUGAAAAGAAUAGGCUUGAUACAUAGCUAGACUGGAGCCGGGGCCCUCGAUCUCGACCC